AUUACCAAGAAGAGCUCAUAACGUUGUUUUCUCCAUGCUAAAAUGAUGGCAUGUUAUUUGAGUGUUGUAAUUAUCCUAAAUCUCCUAUCGUAUGGAGCUGCAGAUCUCCUAACUGAGCACGACCAUUUUGUAGCUCUUGACCCGGCYGAGAAAAUGAAGCUUUACUGGACUGUGCAUGAGAAGAAUGAGAGUAUAAGCUUUGCACUCGAAGCAGAGACUACUGGGUGGGUUGGGUUAGGAUUUUCUCCUGGGACUGGUCGAAUGACUGGCGCGGACAUUGUCAUUGGAUGGGUCAAAGACGGUAAACCGUAUUUAACAGAUCGCAAAGGUGAAGGGCAUUUUCUGCCAAUGAUGGACGACUCCCAAGACUAUGAGCUCAUCUCAGGCUAUGAACAAGAUGGAAAAACUAUUUUGAAGUUUAGCAGAAAACUUGACACCUGUGAUAAASACGAUCUGAAAAUCGAGGAUGGUACGACUCGCGUAAUAUUUGCUUACAGUAACGAAGACCCUGUCACAYCAAAUAAAAUGGCCAAGCAUGUCUACCAGUCUGCACGAAGUAUGCUACUGCUGAAUUUUCAAAAACAAAGCCAACCCGACCCUAAGUGGCAAACGAUGGAAUUCCUCAUGGACAACGUAACUGUUCCAACAAGAAAAACAAGUUAUUCUUGCCAGUCAUUCAAGAUGCCUGAUCUUGGAGGAAAAAGGCACAUUGUCAGGUUUGACCCCGUUGUUCAGCCAGAAAAUGAAGGGUUCGUCCACCAUUUCGUUGUAUUUGAGUGUAAGUCGCCGAUGCCUGGAUAUUUACUGAACAAGACCGUAGAGUGCACUGACUUUGCUAACAUGCCCAGUGAAGUCAUAAACUGUAAAGUUAAAGGAGACAUGAUAGGAUCGUGGGGAGUUGGUGCAGGGCCUUUUCAUUUUCCUGAACAUGUUGGUUUUCCCGUUGGUAUGAGCGACAGCGAAGGAAUAGUUCUACURGAAGUUCACUACGACAAUCCAGAACUAAUCAAAGGUCGUGUUGAUAGCUCUGGUGUGCGUUUCUAUUAUACGUCUGACCUUCGUCAAUACGAUGCCGGCUCGUUAAGUGUUGGUAGUGAUGUGAUAACAUGGAUGGUAAUACCGCCCAAGCAACAGGAAUGGACUGUGACAAGCCAUUGUAAAAAGGAAUGCACAAAGAAGAAAUUGGAGAAGAGCACUUUACCUGGAAAAGGAGUCAAAAUCUUCGCGACGUUUCUUCACACUCAUUUAGUUGGGCGCGGUCUACGGACAAAACACAUCCGGGACGGUGUUCAGCUACCAGAUAUUGCCAAGGACAAUUAUUAUGACUUUAACUUCCAGGAGGUACAACGUGUGAAAAACGAGGUCCAUUUCCGACCGGGAGAUGAAAUGAUCCAUCAAUGCAAUUACAAUACUAUGAAUCGCGACAAACCCACAUAUGGAGGAUUGGCAACAGCAGAAGAAAUGUGCUUAAAUAUCAUGUGGUAUUAUCCUCGUUUGCCAAACUUCAAGUAUUGCACAAGCACAUCGCUAAUAGGACCUUACAAGUUCGUCGAAAAGCACUUUCCGAAAUUGAAGCCCUAUGCACACCGAUGGUACAACCCAAUGACCGCUAUUAAACCAAACUGGACUGACGAAAUGACUUCGGAUUUGAAAAGAUUUUAUGAUGAAAACAAAGUCAUCACAGACUGCACAAAGGGGAAUAUCAGUAAUAUCAAUGACUGGUUAAACCCCGAUAAUCUUGCCGACAAAGUAACAAUUAAGAAACCCUAUGUGUCCACGAGAUCUCGAUGUGACGUAAUGAGCUCGUCCCCAGGUCUCUAUAGUAAUGUGUUGACGUACAUCUCGUUUGUGGUGGCCUGGGUACUGUUAGCAAUAAUACAGUAGAUUGGAAACACGUUGUAGGGUUCUUCAAGCUAUAUUUCGCAUUCCUGUAAAAAUGCUUCUCCUUAUCGUGUUAUAUCACGUCAGAUAAUCGCGUUCAAAUUCAAUAUGACCGCCAUCUUGCAUUGGCUAUUCAGGUUCAGUAAGAAACUACGCCCAGGUACACUAACCUGAACAAUUAGAGGCUGUUUGACUUAACAAUGCUAUAAAAUUUAAUCUUUUGGAAUAUGCAGUGAUCCUGUAAAUCUGACACGCACAUUUGAAUAUUUUUGCUGUGAUUUCUAUUCGGAAUACAGUGCCGAUUCAAGGAUGUCCCUAACAGAACGUGACAAGGUACACACGAUCAGCGGUUCAAGAAUUUGUUCAAGAAUUUGUCUGAAGAAUUUUGCGUUACGUGAAAAGUUGCAUCACACCACUGCGACGCUGAUGUGGCCUAACAUCUGUUAUAGGUUGUGAAAAUGAAAUAGCUACUCGUAGCACUCACUUUCUAUUAGAAAUGACUAGUUUAUAUGAUUUUGACUCAUUGAAGAAAUUAUCAGAUCAAACUAAAGUAGUUUUUCGAUGCUAUUUUAUAUAAUGUGUGCAUUCUCCCUGGACAUCCCAUAAUAUCUUAAUUCAAGAUGGCGGUCGUAUUAGCAUGAGGAACUUGUAAAUAAUCUUUAGCUGGAUGCACUGUGAUUGGUUAGUGAAAACUCUCUUUGCAAACUCACUUUUUACGGCCUUUUAUAAUGUACACACGUCUACUUCACAUCCUCUCGUCUCAAUUUGUAAAGUUGUAUUUAUUUUGUAGCAAUUAACAAAGGCACCAUAUAUUUUUAACCAUUUUAGUGAUUGAUUGUAAAGGAAUACCGGCUGAGGAAUCGCAGGAAUAGAAAAUACUCUUCUGCAGUCACCCAUUGUUUCAUAUUUGAAUAAAAAUUUACCUUUUUCGACA